CGAAUGCAUUGUUUGCAGUGUUUGUGUGUUUUGGUGCGAAACGCGACAAUCGAUUCGUUCACUAAUUGUUGUCUUGUUUUGCGUUUCCUUUCAUUCCAUUGGGAUUGUCAUCACUUGUGUCCAUCACUCUCGCCAUGAAAGACGUGUCCAUUGAUUACGAUUCGGAGGAUCCGAUGGACGCGAGCGACGACGAGUCGAGCAGCUGUUCGACGGAGGCUUUGGUCACAUCGACCACUAGUUUGGGCUCUUUGGCCGCCAUUACGCCCAUCGGUGUCCUCAAGAAGUGCGUGAAUAGAGGCAAAUGGACUAAAGAGGAAGAUGACAGGCUUAAGACAUAUGUGGAGACGUAUGGAGAGCACGACUGGCAGACCAUUGCCCACCACUUCAACGAUAGGUCCGACAUUCAGUGUCAGCAGCGAUGGGACAAAGUGGUGAACCCGCGGCUCAUCAAAGGUCCCUGGACUAGACAGGAGGACGAAAAAGUGGUGGAAUUGGUGGACAAAUACGGACCCAAGAAGUGGACACUAAUCGCGAAGCAAUUGGAGGGACGUAUAGGCAAACAGUGUCGGGAGCGGUGGCACAACCACUUGAACCCCGAGAUCAUAAAGACUGCGUGGACUGACUCGGAGGAAAUGGCGAUCAUUAAGGCUCACCAGCAAUGGGGCAAUCAAUGGGCGAAGAUUGCGAAGCUGUUGCCCGGGAGGACCGACAACGCCAUCAAAAACCACUGGAAUUCGACGCUUAAGAGG